CAUCUAAACCAUCAAAAACCAGUAAUCCCAUAUAACACAUUUGCGUAACUAGUGGUACUUUUGGCCAUGGCUCUUGUUUUAGGCUUCCCAUUGUCUUCCAUUGCAUACAUCAUAGCUCUGUUCUCUCUGCUAAUGAUCAGCUCAUGUUCUUGCUUCAAUCCCAAGCUCCUUAAUGCCUCAAAGCUCCAAUCUUAUACUAGUUCUGGCUGGUCUCUUGCCGGUGCAACUUGGUACGGCAGCCCCACCGGUGCUGGAUCAGAUGGUGCGGCCUGUGGAUAUCGAAAUGCAGUGGAUGAACCUCCAUUCUCCAGUCUAGUGUCAGCUGGUGGCCCUUCUUUGUUCAAAUCAGGCAAAGCAUGUGGUGCUUGUUAUCAGGUGAAAUGCACGGGAAAUGCGGCAUGCUCGGGAAAUCCGGUGACCGUAGUGAUCACAGACUCGUCUGCAGAGUUGGUGAAUGAAGCUGUCCAUUUUGAUAUGAGUGGCACUUCGUUUGGAGCCAUGGCUAAGUCGGGUCAGGCCGGUCGAUUGCGUAGUGCUGGAAUCUUACAAAUACAAUACCAAAGAGUUAAGUGCAACUACCCCGGAGUGUCAGUCACCUUCCGCGUGGAGGCCGGCUGCAACCCAAACUACUUUGCGGUUGCGGUUGAGUAUGAGGACGGCGACGGCGAACUCUCCAGAGUCGAUCUCAAACAAGCUUUAGAUUCGGAAGCAUGGACUUCGAUGCGACAAUCUUGGGGGGCUGUUUGGAGACUGGAUUCGGGGUCUACACUACAACCUCCUUUCUCUAUUAAGCUUACUGGAGAGUCAGGAAGUACCAUUGUGGCGAAUAACGUGAUACCCGCUGGUUAUCAGCCUGGACAGACUUAUCGGUCUAUUGUUAAUUUUAAGGUGUAAAACUUGCAUGGAGGGGAAAUGUGCAGUAACGGACUUUUGGUCUGGCUCUCUGUAGUAGUACAAUUAAGAAUAAAAUACAGUUGCCCCAUUUGGAAAAAAUGGUGGCUUGCUUCCUUCCCCAA